AUGCACGAGUUAAGUUCCAUUGUCAUAUUAAUUCUUUUUAUUAUUGCAGCCUUUCUUCUGCUUGCUCCACUUUUCAUGGUUCCUCUUUCACCACCAGGAAUUCCUUUGCUUUUGGUCUUUCCAGUGGUUCUUGCUGCCAUAUUAACCUUUCUUAUUGUAUUCUCAAACUGA